AUGGACUCCAUCCAGGUCUUGUUCUUGGGAACAGGGACAUCCACUGGACUACCUCUGACACCAUGUCUGACCAUCUCCCAGCCUUAUCCCCCUGAAUUCCAGGCUCACGUCCCUCGACCCAACUCACCUGGACCUGAAACACCAGUAGAUGCUCAUGAUGGUAGAUAUGAUUCGAGAAAGCCCUGGCCUGGGAAUGUGCCCUGUCACUGUUGUCGAUCUAGUGUGGAUAGGAAUGUACCGGAGGGAUGGAAGAAUAAACGAGGCAAUACGUCCAUCAUUGUGAGAAGGAAGGACUCGGGUGGACAGUGGAAGAAUAUCUUGGUAGAUUGUGGAAAGAGCUUUGUGGAGAAUGCCAGGAGGUUCUUCCCUCGUUGGGGAGUCCAAAUGGUCGAUGCUGUGCUUUUGACUCAUGGUCAUGCCGAUGCUUAUUUUGGCCUGGACGAUUUGAGAGAAUGGUGUCUUCGAGCCAAGCGACAUAUUCCAAUCUACCUCAACCAAGAGACAUACGAUAACGUUGCGGCAUCAUUCCCUUACCUAGUCGAUGCGACCAAAGCUAGCGGAGGUGGAGAUCUACCCAUGCUUCAAUUCAACGUGAUCGACGAUCAUUCAUCCUUCACUCUCUUCGACAUACCCAUCACGUCUUAUCCCGUCCAUCACGGUAUAUACUUCUCAUCGGAUACUGCUGGGACGUCCGUUGAGCCUCGACCGUUGAUAUGCCUCGCUUAUAGCUUUGCCAAGAGUAUACUCUACAUGGCAGAUGUCAGCCAAGUGCCGAACUCGACUUGGGCGCUUAUGGAGGAGGACGGAGUCGUGCCGAUAGUGCUAAAAAACCAGGACAUGGCGAGAGUAGACUCGUCUUCUGAAAGCCCAGCGGCCGACCUCGUCGAUCACCUUGACCGCUCACUCGACUUGACCGCUCCGACCCGACCCCAGCUCAAGAUCCUCAUUAUCGAUGCUCUGUGGCCGCUCAGACGCCAUCUAUCUCACUUCUCAUUCGGUCAAGCUGCAGAGACCGCCCUCCGUAUACAACCGUCCAUGACGUAUUUGCUAGGCUCGACGCACCCUACCACUCAUUACAUGUGGGAGGAGAUCUGCUUGGCGGUCUCAGGGCGAGCGUCGAUCCAUUCUCCGAAGUCGAUCAACCCUCUGCAUCCUUGCUCCACUGUGAAAGAAGAGUCAUGGUCUAAAACGGAUCAUCCUGACAACCAAUUCGCCCAGGAUCUCGUUCAGCGCAUCAAGGAGAGCGACGAAUUUGCCGAUCAACCUGCAACCGAUCAACGAGGCAUAAUAUCCCAAUGGAAAGAGUCUGGAGGGGCAUUGGAACCUGCAUGGGAUGGACUAGUGUGUCAAGUAGAUUUACAUUCCGCCGCAGACAUCUCAGCAGACGAAGGCUGGCAUGUUGUCAGUGGGCCGCAAGGAUCGACAGGAGGUUGGACAGCGUGA